GCCCAAGCCGUGGACGCGGUCGCCGCACGGCAAGUCGGCACCCGCCCCCACGCCCGCCAAGCCAGCGUGAGGCCCGCGUCCACCGAGGCCCCGCCACGUGGCCGCCCGCCCACACCGCGAGCUCAUCUGAUCUGAUUGAUGUGCCCCCUCACGCACGCGCUCCCUCCCCUCAUCACUCCAGUACACAGUGCUACGGUUCGACAGACUUCCAGAGACGGACACCAUCAUCCACCGGCGAGGCUUCCACCUCCGACGAACCCGCCCCGCCCGCUCGGGGCCCGACACCAUGUCCAUCUCGCUGCGCCUCGCCAUCCCCACCGCGGCGCCCUGCCCCGUGCCGCCGCGGACGGCCCGGCCCGCCGGGAAUGCGGCCUGCUCCCCCGCCCCCGCCGCGCGGACGGCCGCGCUCAGGGGAUGCGCCGCUCUGCCGAUGAGGCCGCUGCCCCUGGGCGCGGGCGCGGCGCGGCCGUGCCGGGGCCGGGGGAGCGGCAUCGUGUGCAACGCGUCGGCGUACCUCAGCCCGCCCACGACGCAGUGGGUCUCCGUCGCGGCCGCCGCAGUGCUAUUGCUUGCUAAAGGCACUGGCAUACACAAAUCUUUCCUCGUGCCAUUGUUUGUUCUGCAAGCACCUACCGCCGUGAUCUCAUGGAUCAAGAGUGAAUAUGGGCUGUGGACUGCUUUUCUUGCGCUUGUGGUGCGUUUGUUCUUACCCUUUCCAGGUGAGCUAGAGCUUCCGCUGUCAACGAUGCUGGCAGUCAGCGUUGCCCCUUACCAGGUGAUGAAUGUGAGUGUGCUAUUGGUUGCUAAAGAGACAGGCAUACACAAAUCUUGGCUCAUGCCAUGGUUUGCACAGCAAGCACCUAGCAGUGUAAUCCCAUGGAUCAAGAGAGAAUAUGGACUGUGGACAGCUUUUCUUGCGAUUUUGGUGCGCUUGUUCUUACCCACUCCAGGUGAGCUGGAGCUUCCACUCUCAACAAUGUGGCUUAUCAUCAUUGCUCCUUACCAGGUGAUGAGUCUGAGGGGAACUCAAGCUGGCAGGAUACUAUCUUUGGGGGUAGCCGUGUAUCUUGCCUUUCAGUACUUCACCAGGAACAGAGGGUUGGGUAGAGCCUUCCGUCCGGGGUCGAUAGUCGCGACCCUCGCCGUCAUCUGCAUCACAGUUACCAACGUGAUCCUGCUGUUCUGAGUUGCAAAGAGUUCACCCCUUGUUGUAGGCCUGACUGUCGAGGGGAAGAGGAGGAGCUACUCCAGAGUGCAAUCUACUGAUAUAUGCAUCUUCAUACUGAGUCGCACAGAUAGAGGCGGGGCUUUAAUUUUAGAUUUUCUCUGUUCGAUAACAAUUUCACAGCCAUCUCUUAGAUUUUGAUGACAGUUUUUGUCGACACGGGGUACAAUCAAACUCAAAAAAGAGCAGGAAAAGAAUCUUUGGAAUUGAGGAGCCCCUUGAUAUAAGAAUGUACUCCCUAUUGAGUAUACUUAGGCAUAUAAUUUUCUCCUAAGUCAAAAUUUUCAAAGGUUGACCAAAUUUAUGGAAGAGUAUAUAAGAAUGUGGUGCAUAAUCCUUGUAUGGCCUAACAUCUUGUCUGAAGUGAAAAUUUUCAUGGUUUCAGCA